AUGUCAUUUAGAAAGAGAGGUGAAAUCAUUGGAGGAGCUCCAGCAAGAACUCCAGCUGUUCCUGGAAGAAAUCCUGCAGUACCUGGAAGAAAUCUAGUAGUACCUGGUCGUGCUCCAGCUGGCGUAUCAUCAACUUUGAGAGGUCCAGCUAAUCGUUCGCCAAUUGCAAAACCAGAUCGUGCUUCGGACAUUUCAAAUCUUAUCAUGAAAAAUCCCGGUGUAAGACCAUCAUUAUCAACUUCCCAGCCUACUACUUCGACAGGUAGUUCAGAUUUAGACAAGAUUUUAUUACAUCAAGGUUUGCCUCUUGGUAACUCCUUGUUAAUUGAAGAAUCAGGCACAACUGAUUUUGCUUCAGUAUUAUUAAGAGCAUGUGUAUCCCAAGGUGUGAUGCAUAAUAGAGUAUCAAAUGAACAGAAUGCACAUUCGAUUGUCUUGGGAGUUAGUCCACAAUGGUCAAAUGAAUUACCAGGUGUUUACAAAGGUUCUUCAAAAGAACAGAAAAAGGCCAAAAUUAUUGAAAAUGAAUCCAAGGUUAGUGUUUCUAAUUUAUCAAAUGCUCCUUCUUUGGCUACUAGAUCAGCUGAUCCUAAUUUGAAAAUUGCAUGGAGAUACGGUUUGAAUAAGAAACCAGAGUCAAAAGAUGAAGUCGAGAACACAACUUAUGAACAUUAUAAUAAUCAAUUUGAUUUGACCCAAAAAUUGGUACCAGGACCUAAUCCUCAAGAUAUAUCAUACGUUCCAUUAUCUCAAUCCUAUUCGACUAUCAUCAAUCAAAUUUCAAGUAUAAUUAAAGCACAGUUGAGAUCUAAUUCUGCCAAAGUGAUUAGAUUGGUUAUUCCUAGCAUAUUGAAUCCAUCAUUAUACCAUCCGUCCUUAACAUCUCUGGCUUUCAUAAUUCCUUUCAUACAUUCAUUGCGUUCAUUGCUUCGUCAAUAUUCAACCAAUCUUGUCUUAGUUUGUUCUAUAUCACUUGACUUAUAUCCAAAAGAUUCUACUUUGAUUGUCCUUAUGCAGUCAUUAUUUGAUGCUGUUAUUCAUCUCCAACCAUUUAACCAAGAAAUGACUCAGUUGCUAGAGAAGGCGUAUAAAAAUGAACCAUCAAAGAUUCAACAAGGUUUGGUUAAUAUUAUCAAGAUUCCUGUGUUAUCUGAAAGAGGUUUAAUGAUGGUGCAUGAUGGUGAAUAUGCUUUUAAGAAUGGUAGAAAGAAGUUUGAAAUAGAAGAAUGGAGUAUCCCAGUUGAAGAUGAUUCAAAGGAUACUAAUGAAACACAAGAAGGUGGGAAAACCACAAAGAAUAUAGAUUUUUAA